UGUAAAGCUGACCUUUUUUCCCAAAUGGACACUCCUGGUUUACAACAUUUUUAUUAGUUGUAACAAUAUGUCUGAUAACAAGAGCAUACAUUCAGGUUAUAUAAGGCCACAAAAUAAAGUGUAUUAUGCCAUGGUGUAAGUACAAAUGAUAAUGUAUAAAUAAGAACCACCCCCUUUAACAAGCAUGUAUCCUAAUAGGGCAUGCAAUCCACUUGGAACCAACCACUUACACAGGGGCAUAAAGAAUAGAAGGGGGUGUAGUAGUACAAUGGCUCUGUAUAUUCUUAGUAACCUGGAAAUCAUUUAUAAUGUUAAGAAGGGGUGUGUGUGAGAAAAAAAAAAAAAACAAGAACAGUGUUAGGCUAGGUUCACACGGCUUGCAUCUGACCCGUUAAGGGCAGGCACGUUUUUUUUUUUUUUGAGCCGAUAGGACCCUAAAACAUGUCGGAUGCAAACGGCUUCUGCCAGGUCCCGACGGUGCCCAUUUACUUGCAUGGGGUUCGUCGAUGACCAGUUAAUUUUACAAGACUUUAGCAGAGGAAAAAAAAUAGAGCUUUCCCUAUUUUUUUCUCCACUGAACUCACAUCCUUCUGGCCGGAUUACCGACAGAACUCCAAAUAGCCGAGUCCGACAGCAAUGUGAACGAGCCCUAUCCAAUGACAGAUGGUCCUGCGGAAUUGGCAGCGCCCUUAUGAGAGCAGACAGUGUCACAUUGGACCUCUCCUUCACAUAGUACCGGCCCAAAUGGUUGCCACACAACACACUACCAGCCAGUCGAUAACAGAAAGCACCAGUCCAAUGGCCUCAUGCCCUUCCUCUGUGCUGGCAAUCCAGGCUAUUUUGUCUCCUGGCAAGUGCCUUUUGGGGACUCCCAUGCCCUGCCAGCUAGCCAUCCUUCAGGGCUUCAUCCUCCUACAGACGUCUGAUCUGCUCAAGCACUUUGGGGGAGAUUUAUGGAAACCUGUGCAGAGGAAAAGUUGCCCAUAGCAACCAAUCAGAUCGCUUCUUUCAUUUUAAAAAGGGCAUGUGCAAAAUGAAAGAAGCCAUCUGAUUGGUUGCUAUGGGCAACUGGUCAACUUUCCUCUGCACAGUUUGGAUAAAUCUCCCCCUUUGUUCCCAAUUCUUCACCCUUUGGCUGUCCGGGCUUGCUGGAAGAUGUGUGGCAGAUGGAGUGGGUGGAUGGAGAGACUAUGGAGUUGACCCUUCUCAGUUCUCUGAGACCCUUAUGCGCACAUGUGAACGUUUGGUUAAAGAAGGACGGUUUGUGCCAACAAAUCCUGUUGGGAUCCUAACUUCAAGUUACUGUGAGCUGCUCCAAAACAAAGUACCUUUACUAGGAAGCAGCACUGCCUGCUUAGUAGUUCUGGAUAGAAGAAGUCAUCGUUUACACACCGCAAACUUAGGAGAUUCUGGUUUCUUAGUGGUACGAGCAGGAGAAGUGGUACAUCGGUCGGAUGAGCAGCAGCAUUACUUUAACACUCCAUUCCAGUUGUCAAUAGCACCUCCUGAAGCAGAAGGUGUAGUACUUAGUGACAGUCCGGACGCUGCAGACAGUAGUUCAUUUGAUGUUCAGCUCGGUGACAUUAUUCUCACAGCAACUGAUGGGCUCUUUGACAAUAUGCCUGAUUAUAUGAUCCUUCAGGAGUUAAAAAAGUUGAAGAAUGCUAACUAUGAAAGUAUACAACAGACUGCACGCAGCAUUGCAGAGCAAGCCCAUGACCUGGCAUAUGAUCCAAAUUACAUGUCCCCAUUCGCACAGUUUGCGUGUGACUAUGGAUUGAAUGUUAGAGGAGGAAAACCAGAUGACAUCACUGUUCUUCUGUCAAUUGUAGCCGAAUAUACAGACUAAAAGAACUGGAACAUCUGCUACAAAUUUAGAUAUUUUUUUCUAUUUCUCAAUAACCCUUGAACUUAAAAUGAUGUUGCACUGUUCCUGCUGGCAGGACUGCAGUUUAACAGAUUUCAUUGGCCAGUUGUGAAAAAUGCUCUCCAUAUGUUACAACCAAGGAUUUUGUUGAAACCACUAUUAAAUGGUUAAGCUUUCCUGAAAUCAUUUAUUUCAUUACCCAACCAGGAAUGUCAUUAGGAUAUGUUUCUGUAUAAAGCUGUGCUUUUAUCAGAACGUGUAGUUUUUUUUUCUGGUUAUUUGUUUUGCCAAGAAGCACAUGUGGAAUCCUUUAAUAAUUGGUGAUUUAAAAAAAAAAAAAAAAAAAAAAGUGAAAAAAACUACUUCACCGGUUUCCUUUUCUGAAGUUUAGUAGAUGCUGAAUUCCUCGUUGUCAUUUUCAUCACAGAAGCUUGACUAGUAGCCUUUUUAUAUUCUGAACUGCUGUACUAGAAGACACAAGGAGUUUAUUCAAAUGUUUGUGUUAAAUUUAAAACUACUUAACUUAAAGCCAUGUUAAA